AUGGCAAAAACGGCACCGAACAAGAAGGCAGCUCCGGUCUCCAUCCAUUCCCGCGCUGCGAAACGUGCCUCGUCUCCGGGAAUCGACUUGGACAAAUCUCUGAAAGAUGUCAAACCUCCUACCGAUUCCAAAAACCAACGUCCUUCAGUCCUCGCAGUCCAUCAAGGCGCAGGUGUAACCAAAAAAUCUAAACAUGGGCGGAAAUCAGUAAUGAGUGCAAGAGCACGGCGGAGACAUGAGAAGGGAUUGGAUCGUGCGGAAUCGGUCAUGGAUAAGACGGAGAUGAAAGUCGAGAAGAGCAAGGGGAGAGCGAGGACGGUGCAGGAGAGGAGUAAGGCCUGGGAAGAGUUAAACAAAAAGAUUCUUGCGAAGAAUGCUGCAGAGGAGGCGGCGAGGAUUGAGAAGGAAAAUAUGACUGAUGAAGACGAGGUUGAAAGCAUGGAGGAUGUUGAUGUCCAGGGUGGAGCCGAACAGAAAGAUUUACCUAUGGAAGCUGUGGCACAACAGACUCCUCUCCCCGACGUGGGAGAUGACGACGAUGAGAUUUUAUAA